ACGCAGCCUUGACUGACUCCCCUGUGUAGCUUUUGCGGAAAGUGUCUAUAGCAGUCUACGGUCUGUGUUUUAAGCGAGUUUUUAAAGCAACAGCGACCUAUAUAGCGCUGCGUUCGCGCCGGCGUUAGAUUCCGCCGGAUUCUGAACGGAAUCGUCGCCGGAUUCUGUAACGAAGAGCUCUUGGAGCGCCGAGAGAAAUAUUACGAAAAAGUUCUUUCUAAAGGGACGGGCAACCUUCAUCAGAGACGGUCUGCUAGAAUCCUCCACAGAUUGCGUCGGACGUCCUAAAAUGUUUGAAACGGAGGGAAGGAGCAUGUCUCGGCUGUCUUUGACCCGGUCCCCAGUGUCUCCUCUGGCCGCUCAGGGAAUCCCUCUGCCGGCUCAGCUGACUAAAGCCAACGCUCCAGUCCACAUUGACGUAGGCGGGCACAUGUACACCAGCAGUCUGGCCACCCUCACCAAAUACCCAGACUCCAGAAUCAGUCGCCUGUUCAACGGCACGGAACCGAUUGUUUUGGACAGUCUGAAGCAGCAUUAUUUUAUCGACAGAGAUGGAGAGAUAUUCCGCUAUAUCCUGAGCUACCUGAGGACCAGCAAACUGCUUCUUCCUGACGACUUCAAGGAGUUCCAGCUGCUGUACGAGGAGGCUCGGUACUACCAGCUGACGCCCAUGGUGAAAGAGCUGGAGCGCUGGAAACAGGACCGGGAGCAGCGGCGGGCGUCUCAGCCCUGCGAGUGCCUGGUGGUGAGGGUGACCCCUGACCUGGGCGAAAGGAUUGCCAUCAGUGGGGACAAGGCCCUCAUAGAAGAAAUUUUCCCAGAGACAGGAGACGUCAUGUGCAAUUCAGUCAACGCCGGCUGGAACCAAGAUCCAACCCACGUUAUCCGCUUUCCACUGAAUGGCUACUGCAGGCUCAACUCUGUGCAGGUUCUGGAGAGACUGUUUCAGAAAGGCUUCAGCAUGGUGGCGUCGUGCGGCGGGGGUGUGGACUCCUCCCAGUUCAGUGAAUACAUCCUGAGUCGGGAAGACAGACGGUGUCAGACCAGCCACACGCCCAUCAGGAUAAAACAGGAGCCUCUGGACUAGCCGGCUCUUGUGCCAACCACGAACACCUCAGUCUGCUUUCAAAAAAAAAAAAAAUGCCAGCGGACAAAUAGAAGACUUAAUUUGCAAAGAAGAGUUUGCUUGAACUUUUCGGACUUCAAGAGGACUGAAAUCUUAGUAAAUAUAUUUCAUCAACGACCCCGAAUCUGUUCCAAAAAAUGCAAACCCAAUCGAGUCACAGGAUGGCUUUUCAUCUGCUGACCUCCAGUUGAACUUUUUAGCUGUUUUUUUUAUUUUUGGCUCGAGUCAUAGAUCUACGUUUCCACAGUACAGAUCCAUAUAAGUUCGCCGUUGUAUGUGCAUAAAAGAGUGAAAAUAGGAACUCUACAAGGAAGUUGCGUUCACGGCGAGCGCUCCUUCCGGAUAGAACACUUUCAAAUGAUGCAGCAGUCUGAUCUCCAAGCUCCCGGGCGAAAUUAACCACAAAAUACAAAGUCUGUCCUCUGAUCCAUUUUUAAUCUAGAUAUCUAAUGUUCUCAUUUUCCAGUCUCAUCUAUGUAAAUCAGUUCUUUUAUGACCUACAGGUUUAUUGCUGUUGUCUCACUACAUGAAGGAUACGAGAGCAGUUCUCAGAAGUCAUUUGGUUGUAAGUGCGGUCUGGAUUCGGCCGCAUAGACGCUUUGACUUGAGGCUACGUGGCGGCUAAAGCGGACGGUCUGGUAAUGCAUUCAGCGCUUGGCAGAGAGGCUUUUUGUUUGAGCAUGUCUAAAGGGAAACCUGGACUCAUGUGGGAGAGCUUUUCUGAUGGCAUCGCUAAAUCCUCUACUUUUUUUUUUCUUCUUCCUCCCCGGUGCCGUUU